AUGCUAGUUGCUGUAGCGUACGAUGCAAAUAACCAACUGUUUCCGAUUGCCUUUGCAAUUGUUGACAGCGAGAAUCAUGACUCUUGGAAGUAUUUCUUGCAGAAGUUAAAGGAAGCGAUUGGGGAGGUUGAAAACUUAGUGUUUGUAUCGGAUAGGCAUCAAAGCAUUGAACAUGCUGUCGAGGUUAUUUUCCCCGAAGCAUGCCACUGUGCAUGCUACAAACAUAUUUCUAUGAAUGUCACCCACAAGUUCAAGACUGAUGUAUGUAACACGCAAAUAUGGUUGGCCGCUUACGCAUGGUCGAAGAGGGAAUGUGAUAGACAUUUGCAGGUGCUCCGACAGAUGGAUCCUCCCAUCACUGCUUAUGUUGACAAUAUAGGAUUAGAAAAAUGGGCUCGUCCUUAUUGUCUAGGAGACAGGUACAACAUCAUGACAAACAACGGUGCAGAAAGCCUUAACAACGUGACUGAAGAAUUCCGGGCAUAUCCAAUAACUACUCUAGUUGAGUUCAUAAGGUUCACACUACAAAAUUGGUUUGCUAACCGUCUCGAGAAGGCAAGUAAGUGUGUUACCCCUUUGGCAACUCAUUUUGAGGAAGAUUUGAUAAAGCAACACGAGGAUGGUAGACGUAGAAGUGUCCUACGUAACGGUGCACAAUUGUUUAAUGUUGGAAGAGGUGCUGAUGGUUCUGACUUUGAAAAAGGCGGAGAUGUGAACUUAGUUGAGAGAACAUGCACUUGCGGCAUGUUCCAAUUGUUGAAAAUUCCUUGUCCCCAUGCAUGUGCCGCAGCGCUUACUCAGAAUGUCAGUGUCUACGCUCUGUCAUCCCCCUAUUACACAAAGGAGACGUGGAAGAAUACUUACGAUGCAACAAUUAAUGUUGUGGGCGAGGAGGAUGAAUGGGUGCUUCCAGAACACAUGCAGAACAUGAGAAUCGGUGUACCAGUGGAGAAGAAACCUGUAGGUCGUCCAAGAAAGAGCAAUGCAGGAAGACUACGGACUAACCGAUUUCCAUCGAACGGUACCAAAGUCAAGGAACCACGCAAAUGUUCAAACUGUGGCGCAUUGGGACACAACAAAGCUACUUGCAAGGCCAGGGUUUGA